AUGGCGGACCGUGAGGCGUCGCCGAUACCGAUGGAGAUCCGAGCCCGGCUUGCGGAGCUGGAGCUGGAGCUGUCAGAGGGGGACAUCACUCAGAAGGGUUAUGAGAAGAAGAGGUCCAAGCUGAUCAGGGCAUAUGUCCCACAUGCUGGAGGAAUGGAGGGUCCCAUGUCUCACAGGGCCCCGCUUGGCCCUCCCGCUGCUGCCCGUUUCCACCGGCGGCGAACUUCUGGCACGAGAGACGAACGCUACCGAUCAGACGUCCACACCGAGGCGGUGCAAGCCGUAUUGGCACGACAUGUGGAGAGGAAGGUGGCUGUGCCCAUGCCUUCCAAAAGACGUUCGCUGGUGGUGCAGACCUCCAUGGAUGCAUACACGCCUCCAGACUCGUCGUCGGGCUCAGAGGAGGAGGCGGGGCCAGGUGACGACAUGUCGGGAAUGGAGCACUGGAUGAGCCGCCCUUCCCAGUUAGGCCCCGCCCACCUGGGCUCCACCUCCUCCUCGUCCUCGUCCACGCAGAGUGGAGGCAGCGGUAACGCCGGGCGUCUGGCCGACUCGCUGGCGCACACGCACAUCUCGCACUUCCCUCCAGAGAAUCACUCGGCCCCCCCGGAUGUGACGGGCUACUCGUCGGAUUCGUCCCACUCCCACACCGAGCGUCACCACAUGGCCAAUAUGGGAACCAUUGCAAGGAACACGCAGAAGUAUGGCAACGCAGAGCGCAUGGAGACAGGCGACGGGGUCCCAGUCAGCAGUCGUGUGUCGGCUAAGAUCCAGCAGCUCGUGAACACGCUGAAGCAGCCUCGCAGACCUCCACUACGAGAGUUCUUUGUCGAUGACUUUGAUGAACUUCUAGAGGUCCAGCAGCCGGACCCCAAUCAGCCUCGGCCGGAGGGGGCGGAGAUGAUGCCCGUGCGAGGAGAGGCGCUGGGGGUAGUCACCAACUGGCCCCCGUCCCUGGAGGCGGCACUCCAACGCUGGGGAACCAUCUCCCCGAAAGCCCCCUGCCUCACCAGUCUGGACACGGCAGGGAAGCCUCUCUAUGUCCUCACAUAUGGGAAGCUCUGGUCUCGCAGCAUCAAGCUUGCCUACAACAUCCUCCACAAACUGGGCAGCAAGCAGGAGCCGAUGGUGCGACCAGGGGAUCGGGUGGCGCUGGUGUUCCCCAACAAUGACCCAGUGGCCUUCAUGGUGGCCUUCUACGGCUGUCUGCUGGCUGAGGUGGUCCCAGUUCCCAUAGAGGUGCCGCUUAGUCGCAAGGAUGCCGGCAGUCAGCAGAUUGGAUUCCUUUUGGGCAGCUGUGGUGUUACCGUGGCGUUGACCAGUGAUGCUUGUCAUAAGGGUCUGCCUAAGAGCGCAACAGGGGAGAUACCACAGUUCAAAGGUUGGCCCAAGUUAUUGUGGUUUGUAACAGAGUCGAAGCACCUUUCCAAACCUCCCAGAGACUGGUUCCCCCACAUCAAAGAUGCAAACAAUGACACUGCUUACAUAGAGUAUAAAACCUGUAAGGACGGCAGCGUGCUGGGAGUCACAGUGACCAGGAUCGCUCUGCUCACACACUGCCAGGCUCUCACCCAAUCCUGCAGCUACACUGAGGCUGAGACCAUAGUGAACGUUCUGGACUUUAAAAAGGAUGUGGGUCUGUGGCACGGCAUCCUGACGAGUGUGAUGAACAUGAUGCACGUGAUCAGCGUGCCAUACUCACUGAUGAAGGUCAACCCUCUGUCAUGGAUCCAGAAAGUCUGCCAGUACAAAGCCAAGGUGGCCUGUGUGAAGUCCAGAGACAUGCACUGGGCUCUGGUGGCCCACAAGGACCAGAAGGACAUCAACCUGAGCUCGCUGCGCAUGCUGCUGGUGGCUGACGGAUCAAACCCCUGGUCCAUCUCAUCCUGUGAUGCCUUCCUCAACGUCUUUCAGACUAAAGGGCUGAGAGGCGAGGUCAUCUGUCCCUGCGCCAGCUCCCCCGAGGCCCUGACAGUCGCCAUCAGGAGGCCAGUGGAGGACAGCAGCCAGCCUCCGGGCCGAGGUGUCCUGUCCAUGCAGGGUCUGAGCUAUGGCGUCGUGCGAGUCGACACCGAGGAACGCCUGUCAGUGCUCACAGUGCAGGACGUCGGCACUGUCAUGCCAGGAGGCCUGGUGUGUGUGGUGAAGCCUGAAGGCGUCCCUCAGCUCUGUCAGACAGAUGAGAUCGGUGAGCUCUGUGUGUGCUCCAUCGCAACCGGCACCUCCUACUACGGCCUCACCGGCAUGACCAAGAACACUUUUGAGGUUUACCCAGUGAGCUCCACUGGGGGGCUGAUCAGCGAGUACGCCUUUGUGCGGACCGGCCUGCUGAGCUUCAUCGGCCCCGGCGGCCUGGUAUUCAUCACCGGCAAGAUGGACGGACUCAUCAUGGUGAGCGGACGGAGGCACAACGCAGAUGACAUCGUUGCCACGGCUCUGGCGGUGGAGCCAAUGAAAUUCGUCUACAGGGGCAGGAUAGCCGUGUUCUCUGUGACGGUGCUGAGGGAUGAGAGGAUCGUGGUGGUGGCCGAGCAGAGACCCGACUCCACAGAGGAGGACAGCUUCCAGUGGAUGAGCCGCGUGCUGCAGGCCAUAGACAGUAUCCAUGGGGUGGGCGUGUUCUGCCUGGCUCUGGUCCCGGCCAACACCCUCCCCAAGACUCCUCUGGGCGGCAUCCACCUAUCAGAGAUCAAGCAGCUGUACCUGGAAGGGGGACUGCACCCCUGCAAUGUCCUCAUGUGCCCCCACACCUGCGUCACCAACCUGCCCAAACCACGGCAGAAACAGCCAGAAAUCGGUCCUGCCUCUGUGAUGGUGGGGAAUCUGGUGUCAGGGAAGAGGAUCGCUCAGGCCAGCGGCAGAGAUUUGGGACAGACUGAUGACAAUGACCAGUAUCGGCAGUUCCUGUUCCUGUCGGAGGUUUUGCAGUGGAGAGCUCAGACCACACCGGACCAUGUCCUCUACACUCUACUCAGCUCCCGGGGGGCAGUGUCCAGCUCUCUCACCUGCCUGCAGCUGCAUAAGAGGGCAGAACGAGUGGCGGCUCUGCUGAUGGAGCGAGGAGGUCUGCAGGAAGGAGACCACGUCGCUCUGGUCUACCCACCAGGUAUAGACCUGAUCGCAGCCUUCUACGGCGCCCUGUAUGCCGGCUGUGUUCCCAUCACUGUGCGACCGCCUCACCCUCAGAACAUCUCUACCACCCUGCCCACUGUCAAGAUGAUUGUGGAGGUCAGUCACUCAGCCUGCGUGAUGACCACGGCGGUCAUCUGCAAGCUACUGCGCUCCAAGGAGGCCACGGCCACGGUGGACAUCAGGAACUGGCCCCCUGUCCUCGACACUGAUGACCUGCCAAAGAAGAAGCCUCCCGCUCUGUAUAAGCCCACCAACCCUGACGGCCUGGCCUAUCUGGACUUCAGUGUGUCGACGACCGGCAUGCUGGCUGGAGUUCAGAUGUCUCAUAAUGCCGUCGGAGCCUUCUGUCGGUCGGUGAAGCUGCAGUGUGAGUUGUACCCGUCCAGAGAAGUGGCCAUCUGUCUGGAUCCCUACUGUGGCCUCGGCUUUGUCCUCUGGUGUCUCUGCAGUGUGUAUUCAGGCCACCAGUCCAUUCUGAUCCCUCCUGUGGAGCUGGAGUCCAACCCGGCGCUGUGGCUGCUGGCUGUCAGCCAGCUUAGGGUGCGAGACACCUUCUGCUCCUACAGUGUCAUGGAGCUCUGCACCAAAGGACUCGGCCUGCAGACUGAGGCGCUCAAGGCUCGGGGUCUGGAUCUGUCCCGAGUUCGGGCCUGUGUGGUGGUGGCAGAGGAGAGGCCCAGGAUGUCGCUCACACACUCCUUCUCCAAACUCUUCAAAGACCUUGGCCUUCACCCUCGAUCCGUCAGCACGGCCUUCGGCUGCAGAGUUAACCUGGCUAUCUGCCUGCAGGGCACUUCAGGACCGGACCCCACAACUGUGUACGUGGACAUGAGGGCGCUGCGCCAUGACAGGGUCCGGUUAGUGGAGAGAGGCUCUCCUCACAGUCUGCCUUUAAUGGAAUCUGGAAAGAUCCUGCCUGGAGUUCGCAUCAUCAUCGCAAACCCAGAGACCAAAGGACCGCUGGGAGACUCACACCUUGGAGAGAUCUGGGUGCACAGCGCUCAUAACGGCAGCGGUUACUACAGCGGUUACGGAGAAGAGGUUCUCCAGUCCGACCACUUCAACUCCAGGCUCAGUUUUGGAGACACUCAGACAGUCUGGGCGAGGACGGGCUAUCUGGGCUUCCUGCGCCGCACCGAGCUCACCGACGCUAACGGAGAGAGACAUGACGCUCUGUUUGUGGUCGGAGCGCUGGAGGAGGCCAUGGAGCUGCGAGGGAUGAGGUACCACCCCAUCGACAUCGAGACCUCCGUCAUCCGUGCACACAAGAGCAUCAUGGAGUGCGCGGUCUUCCCCUGGACCAACUUGCUGGUGGUGGUGGUGGAGCUGGAGGGCUCUGAGCAGGAAGCCCUGGACCUGGUUCCCAUGGUGACCAAGGCGGUGCUGGAGGAGCACUACCUGAUCGUGGGCGUCGUCGUGGUGACGGACAUAGGCGUCAUCCCCAUCAAUUCUCGUGGCGAGAAACAGCGCAUGCACCUCCGCGACGGCUUCUUACAAGACCAGCUCGACCCCAUCUACGUGGCCUACAACAUGUAGCCUGAGUGUGCGUGUGCCUGUGUGCUUGUGUGUGUGUGUUUGUGUGUGUGUUUAGGAAUGAGCGAGAGAGCGAGCAUGCAUUUGUAUGCCAUGCAUAUCGCCGUUGUUGUUCAUUUAUUUCCCCAAAUCAAGAUGUACUGUAUUUUUGAACCUGCAGAUGGUGUGGUCUUAAGUCGUCCGUUUUCUUUAAAGUCGUGUUGUGCCGGUUGGUUGAUUGAUUGAUUGGCUGGUUAAUUGAUUGAUUGAUUGAUUGAUUGCUCAGUGGUGGUAUGACCAUUUUCACACCCCCAUUUAAUCUCGUGACCGUUACCAGGAGCUUGUCACUGUAGAAAGCCUUAGGGGAACACUGUGUACAGGGCAGAGGCUCUGGUCGUCACACCGCGUGUCGUUUUAGGAGGUAAAAGUAGAGAGAGAAAAAUAAUAAAGACUUAUUUGUCAUCAUGUUUUACUGGUCGAUUCAAAACAAACAAAAAAAAGAAAAAAAAAAACAGAUUUGUGGUAUUAUUUCAAUUAGAACAGGGGCAGCCAGAUUAUUGUAAAAAUAUAAAUAUUGUACAUAGACAUAAUAAUCUAUAUGGAGAGGUACCUAAAACACAAUGAGGUAUAGUAGCCCCUAUAUGCAGCUCUCUCCACCCACACCCUGUAUGUAUGUGUGCGUGUGUGUGUCUGCAGUGUGUGUGUGUGUGCGUGUGUGUCUCUGUCUGUGAGUGUGUUCAUCCGUCUGUCCAUGUGUGACAGGGACAUUUUCUGUAGUUCGAAUGUGAAUCAAACGCCGACUACAAACAGAUUUUAUCCACAGACGAUCAAAGAAGAAAAGCUUUUAUUAAGACUUGAAAAACUAAAAGCAGAACCACUGAAAACAUCUUUUAAAAAAACGAGAAAAAAAACACAAAAAAAAAAACAACUAGAUGUGUUUUCAGUGUCCAAAGUGUCUCAGAAAAAUCACACAGAUUUAUCUUUUCUGACUCUUUUUUAAUUUCUCGUGAUUUUUCUGACCUCUGAACUAUUUCAUGGCAAAGAGAAAAAAAAACACCACAAAUUCAAGCAAAAAGAAAAGUGCAUUGUCUUUCAAUAAAGUAGUUCAUUUAAAGCAAAAGUUCAACAUGCACACUAAUCAUCAUCUUUCAUCCUAUCAGUCAGCCAGCUUCUCCAUUUCUCUUACUUGAUUACUUACAGUAAACCUGUGAAAUUCU